UAAAUCGCAGAUCAAUCAGUGCUUCAGCAUCCAAUCACCAACGCACUGUAAGUUAAGAAAGUGGAGCUGGGCAAAUGUCCGGUUUCAACUCGUCUUUUUAAAGUGUCUCAUGAUCCUCAUGUUUCAUUCGCAGCUUCAUUGCUGUUAGGGUUAGCACCCAGGUCAGUGCAGAUGCUCAGGACGACAAGGGCAGGGUGGACUAUUAUGCUGUUGCACAUCGCAUUUCGGAGGUCUCGAAGCAGCCUGGUAUUCUUAUCGGUAGCCAGCUCAAGGUCAUCAACUGAAGGGCCUGCAGUCGAUGGUCAGUCGUUACAACAACAAGGUAUCCUUGCAGAUGAGAUGGGUCUCGGAAAAACAAUAUUUUCAAAUCUCGCUGCUCACAUUCCUCAUCAAAGUCAAGAGACAACCCGGGCCUUAUCUUAUCAUCCUGCCACUGUCAACGAUGACGAGCUGGUUCGGCGAAUUUGCAAAGUGGGCGCCGACAGUGAAGAUGAAAGGGCAACCCCGCACAACGUCGCGACCUCCAAGGCGAACUGCAGAUGGCUCAAAUGGGUGCACAUCAUCAUCGAGUCAGCUGUAUAGGCAGAUGAAAAAGCACAAAAUGAACAUGAACACGAGGAAUGAGAAGGGGUACGUUUCUUAGUGAGUGGGCGAGUCGUGGUGCUGAUCUUCAGUGACUGGUGGAUAAGACACUGUCUAGUAUUUUGGAUAUCCAGUAUUAUAUGGACCUGUGAUGUGUAAACCCCC